AUGAGCAGCUCUAAAACAUUGAUUCUUCUGGCUCUUCUUGCAGUUUCUGCUCUCGCUAUUCCAAGUAGAGUCAAAAGAGCACCAGAACCACAGACAGAAGCAAUUGAUGGAACCACCGCAGAGCUAAGCCCAGGAGACGACACUCCAGCUCAAUUCGAAGAAGAAGCUUCUGGAGAAGAAGAGCAUCAUGAGCAUCAUAUGGAAGCAUCAGGAGAGAUCCCAGCAGAAUCCUCCUCCGCUGUUGCUCCAAUGAGCUCCGAUGAGCCAAAGAUUGAAGAGCCAAAGGCUGAGGAGCCAAAGAUCGAAGAGACCACCGAAGAAACCGCCGUCCUCUCAAAAGAACCAGAAGUUGAAGAGAAGCCAAUCGAAGCCGCCACAGUUGUUAGCUCAGCCGAAGAACAGCCAUCCACUUCCGAGGCUCCAACGACUUCUGAAGAGCCAUCAACAUCUUCUGAAACUCCAGUCUCAUCCGCCACUUCAUUCAUUUCUUCUCUCUUCGUUCUCGUCUGUGUCUACCUCAUUGCCAUGUAA